AUGGUAUUAAUGAUUAUAAAGGGGUUGUUUAGAAGGUAUGAGAGAUGGAAUCCUGUGCAUCCUACUUCGGGAGCUUUUUGGGGCAUGGGAAUAGGUGUUGGGUGUGGAAUUGGAUGGGGCCCGGGGUUUGGCCCUGAUGUCAUUGGAUACGUUGGUGCCGGUUGUGGAGUCGGAUUUAGUGUCGGAAUCACUCUUGCCGGAGUCGGAAUCGGUCUUCCCGCUAACUGCCUCCUCAAAGUUCCUUUUAGUGCUUUUAUGGCGACAAGAAGCGGUGCAAUGGACUUUGCUCGAUCUAAUGGUCUUCUUGGGACAAGCAGUGCUAACGAUGAUAUAUCCGGCAUGGAAAGGUGGGUGUCUACCUUCAACCAUGAACAAUCGGUAGACAAAAGGGUAAAAUUUUUGGGUAUGAAUAGAUUUAUGUCUUCUCAAGCUAAGUUAGUUUUAGGUUAUUUUGAUGAACUCAAAACUCGCAUUAUUGACAAUAAGAAAAAUGCAUAGAUUUGUUCGAGCUAAAAGAGUUUUAUGUUGCAAAAGCUAAGAGUUUUUUAGUGUAUGAUAUUUUUCUUGAAACAUAAGAUUAAUUUGCAGACUAAUCACAACUUUUUCUUUGGAGAAUAUAAGUUCUUGUUUGUUAUUUUUGGAAAACAAGUGUUGUCUUUUACAAGC